CAUAUGUGACUCACCGGUAUUUGCUCAGAUGUUAAUAUGGGUCAGACUUUCCGUUGGUGGAAUUCCCAACUGAAAUUAACACUUGGGAUUAAACAUCCUGGUUUAGAAAGUUCACUUUUACCACCACCUUUGCUCUUUUCGAAUUUCCAGACUAGAUUUGCAACUGAAUGUGGGGAAAGUGGUGUAGACUGUCACAUUCGAAAAGUUGUGUAAAAAAAUGGACGGGUUGUUUAAUCCAUAAUCUCUCUUUCCUAUAAUUACAGGGAUCCUAUGUUCCAAGAGGAAAGAGUAUAUAGUACAUGAUUUUGUAGAACAUUCUCAUAUAAAUUUACUUACCUUUUAAACAAUCCAUACUUUACACAAUGUUGUUUUAAUGUGUAGCGGGAUGGAUUAUAUCUUUGGACAUUAAGACUUUCAUAUCUAACAAAGAUUUUGUGAGAACUCUCAUUCUCAGCUUUGUUUGAACAGUUAAUUAAUUGUUAAAAUGUAUUACUGAUGAUUAAUAUGCCAGUCUGUUUUCAAAUUGUAUUACUGAUGUGUGUUCGUGGAUGUGUGGUCUUCACUAAUAAUCUGAUUUUGAGUCACAUCUUGAGCAUAUUUUCUCAUUUUAUGUCUUGAAAAAUAUCUUUUUUAACCACUGUAUUUGAAAAUUAUGUGUAGCCCUUUGCUCUCCUGUAACCCAAUGGGGAUGUUUAACCCACUGAAUGUAUGUGAUUUAAGUCAUGCAUGAUAUUUCAUGUAUAUAUUCUACCACAACAUCUGUCAAAAACAUUUUUCUUAUUUCUCUAUGUCCCCCCCCCCUACAGAAUUUUUAAACUUUCUUGAAUGAUAUGUAGUUUUAAAUACUAUUGUUUUAUCUUUUUAUCAUUUCUCUCUCUUUUUAUGCACAGAAAACUGAUUUUCAAGUACUUUGGAUGAUAUCUAUAUAGUUGGAGAUACUAAUGCAUCAUGGCUUCUAACGUUGUUUGGAGGAUACUCUACUGGGCUGUAGUGGCUUGUGCAAUUCUAUUACUACUAGCUUCAUUUUUCCAGGAAGUUUCAGGAACUACCGCUCCACCCACCAACGCCCCUGACUCAGACCCCACAACUGGACCACUCUCUGGACCAGUCACCGAUCCCUCCAUCUCCACAUCAGGAUCGAAGGACAGUCCAGAACCAAGUCCUGAUGCAACUACAAAGAGCAGUAGGGAUGCUCCAGAAACAUCAACCGUGAGUGCUUCAACACCCAAAGGGUUCAGCAGCACCCAGGACACCAAUGCAGCUGGCAUGAUUGCAACAAUGACAACAGUUUCUCCAGCACCCAAUGGCACCUCGCCUGCCGUCAUUGCAGCUGUGGUCAUCAUACUUCUCCUAGCUGUUGUUGCCAUCGUACUUGUCGUCUGGUUCUGCAGAUACCGAAACCAGCCAUGUUGUAAAGGUCAUCGAGUGCGAGCAAGACAAGGAUCAAAACAUGAAAGCUUUACAUCAGAUGGAGGUAUCAAUGGAUUCGGAAUGAGUCCCGUGCAGGCCGAGAUGCAACCUUUCAUCAUGCGACAUCGCUGCGACAUCUUCAUCCACCAUCACGGCACGGAUCUGACCCUUGCUGAAAUGAUGCGCUCCAAGCUCCUUGAUCAAGAAUCUCACCUACACGUCACCCUGUGGAGCGAGAUCGCUGGUACGGGUCGCGAUAGCCGCCCUAGCACCAAACGCCUUGCCCUCAGUCUCGUUCACAGCACCACGGUUGUCCUCUUAGUCUCUUGGAAGUACCUCCAGCACGAGUCACAACGGUUCCGCCUUGCGCUCAGUCGUAUCCCCCGCAAAGUGGACUCGGUCAGAGGCAAGGUCGUCAUCGUCCGGCGGAUCGAGGAGGACAAAGUUCCGCACGACCUCAAGACGGACAUUGCACACUCUCUAGAAUACAACGUAGACACAGAUAGUAAAUUUUUCUGGCCGCGGUUUGACCGGGCAGUGAUCCCACAAAGGGACGAUAUGCUUUACUGGAGGACAUGAUGAUCUAUUGAGUAACAACCUUGGACCUUGUUUGGGGGCAACAGCCAUCUGUCUGGACAGAACUUAAUGACCUCUGAUAUAUUAUCCAUAUUUUCAUCAUUUUUCAGUCACUGUGUUGAGCUGUGUCUGAAUUAAGAGUCCCCAGCUGUAUUGGGACAGGUUUAUUAAUUUGACUUGGAUGUAUAAAUUUGUUCUUAACGCAUUGGUUUACGUUAGUCGUCUAUGUAUCAAAGGACAUUGAUUUACAGGAGGAAGCACAGGAUUAAACCGAGUACAAGAUGGAAAUGUCAUGUAAUGAUCAUCUAUGCUCCUGUGUUAGCCCGUUGUUAUUCUAGGCUGCUUGAUGAAAGAGUUCUCAUAGAACCGAGACCGAAGUCGAGAUCAGUGAAACCUGCCAAUGUGACGAGCCAAGACCCCACCAUGGUAUUACUGUGAUGAAUUUUGACCAGUCAUGUAGUAGAGGAGAGUCCUAGAACUGAAUGAGGGACAGAGGCAUAAUGUGCAUCAGGCCUGAUGUGCAUGCCUUCAGAAUCUUCUUAGGUAUGAAAACUAGAUGAUCAAAGGGCUAUCAUGUCGAUGAAAGGAAGAACUGUGGUUUUUAGGAAAGACACGUAAAUAUAAAGUGCUGUUUUAAGAACUAAAUCAGAAUUUUGUCAGUCAAGCUUACGACAUGGAUGUAUGAUCGACACGCAGAAUUUGAUGGCUAUGAUACAGGAAAUUGAGAACCACUAGCAACUUGUGCAACUUUAUCUGAUUGGCGGUGGAAAAAGUGUGAAGAAAAUCAAAAGAUCAAUAUUAUUCUGCAAAGCCUCCGAUUACAUGAAAUAUCUAGACUUUGGAGAUGAUUACAGCUUUGUAUUUUUAAAUGCCAUUUGAGAGGAAUAUGAGCUUGACUUGAGCAACAUGAAGCCCACUUUCACAUGGAGUGACAACAUCGUACUGCAUCAGGGAAAUAUGUUGAUAUCAUUUUUAUGCUGGGAAUUAUAUUCUCUUUUUAAAAGUCUUGAUGAGUAAAUCAAGUGAUUUCCUUUCCUUCUGUCAAAGUCUUACUGUUUCAAACAAUCUCAGGUUUCUGAAUCAGAAUUAGGAUGAGCGUAAUCGAAUGAGAAAAAAAGAAUCUGAAGAUUGUCUGAGCUUGUGAUUUAAAAUCAAUUCAUUUUAAUGAUAACUGUGAAGACAGAAAGUAGCCAUGAAAAAAAAGAUGUAUAUUUGGAGGGGAAGUGUUGUCUUUCCUCUGUCAUUCUCUACGUUGUUACAGGUGAUCAUGUUCCUGUUUGACAUUCUGUUUGCUCUGCCAAUGAAGAAGCAGGAAAUGUGAACAUAAAUAGGCAGUUACCAUGGCAACAUGAGUCAUGUUUGCCAUCGUGUGCUUCUACAGGAUAAAGGGUGUGUGGAAAUGUAAUCUGGGUUUGAUGAACUUUACAAUGAGAAAUGAAACAAAGUGAAACAAGGAUAUGGUGAAGAAAAAUACAUGUAGUUGCUAUGGUGGUGAUAGAACGAUGACUGAUUUUUUAGGAUUCUUGUAGAUUUGAACUUUUAUUCUUGGCAGUCCUUCUAGCCAGUGUCUUCUUGUAACGUCCUGUCUGGGAAAUUCAAUGGGGUGACUGGCAAUUAAGUUGUAGUACCUGAUCUUAAUUGAUGUGUGGUUUUGGGUUUCCUAUAUUAAGUCUUUGUUGUAUUCAAAGGAUGGGGAUGGACAAGGUUGUAUAUGGAAUUCAUAGAAGUAGACCUUCACUAGGUCAACAUGGUAAUUAUUUGGCGCCUUGUUUGAUAAUAAAUUAUUUUUAGUUUCAUUCAGGUAUUGAUGAACUGAACCCUGUAACAUAUAACUUGGCGAUUGAUAGUGAAGCUAAUUUUUAAGACUGAUCAUACACAGUAAUCAAUGCAAUCCAGCAUAGAAUGCAGCCCCACAAUUAAUUUUUUAGCUCAAGUUUUGUUUAGGGGCCCUGAAAGAGAAUUGAUAUAAGAAGCUCUCCAUCCUUGACUCUUCAAAUCAAGAUUAAAAACAUAUCUCUUUAGUUAAGAAAAUUUUCUGUGUAGACAUAAGUAAAAAGAGCUCUGAACAAGCGCAGCUGAAUAUAUCCAUAUAAAAACUGUGCUAUACAAAUUAAUGUUCAUUAUUAUUAUUAGUAGUAUUAUUAAUUCUCGUUCCAUAAGAAACAAAUGUUUUCUGUGUUCAGUUAUGUUAAUUCAAUGGAUAAUACUAAUAAUGAUAAUAAUGAUAGAGCAGGGCCUGCUGGGAGAACAGUUUUCAGAACUGAAGUGGCUUCCCUGGGUAAAUAUAUUGAUUGAUUGAUUGAAAAUCACAUUUAUUUCCUUCAAACAGAUACAAAAUAAUAUUUGACAUAGUAACGAAUACAGUAUAUAUUUCGACACAAUUUUGAAGGAGGCGAAAACCCGGAAAGCAGAGCUUGAGUUGGGGUCGCCAGAUACAAAUAAAUAACAAGUUACGUACUGUAAUGACAUCAUAUGUAAUUGCAUAUAAAUAAGAAAGUUAAGAGUAGAAAAAGAAACACAGAUGGAGAAGAGGGAGAAGAAAUGUAGGCAUUAGAAGAUAAGUUCAUUUGAAUAACAGAGUCAACUGGUCGCAAUUACGUAACAUUGGUACAUGUAUAAAGAGCUUGAGUGACAUUUGUCUAGCAGAGCAACAGGUAAGGCAUGUGCAUUAAUUAACAUUAGAAAUGGAAGGUAGUUCAAGCAUGUCAACAUGUCAAUGAUCUCUGUCAGUGCGAGCAUUUAAAUAAAGUUUCAUUUUAUAAGAGAAAGAUUGCAAAGAACGAUAGUUUUGUAGGCGGGCUGGUAAACUGUUCAAAAAUUUUGGCGCAGAGUAGCGAAUAUCGUAUUGAAAUCUUCAGGUUCUAUGUUUUGGUAAAUGAAUUUACCUAUAUACCUAUAUUAUCAUUAUCAUUAUUAUUAUAAAUCAUAUUUACCCAGAGUAGCCACUUAAAGCUAAAAGCUGGUCUUCUAUUGGGCCCUAGCUGCAUAACGUAAUAUGGUAUCAUUACCCCUCGUAAUCCCAAUACGUCCGAGUGCCUGGUUACAUGUAGAUGGCAGAAAGUCCCAUUUUUUCUUUAAUGUAAUUAGCCAGGCAUUGAACCUACAACCUCCCAUUCAUGAGGCGGGCGCUCUACCACUGAGCCACCAGCAUGCCAUGCCAGUGCAUUAUGGUCACACGAUUGUAAAAGAAGAUUGAAUGCAUGUUGAGUGGCACGCAGGCAGAGGUAUAUGGUUUCACACCAGGAUGUACAGGAGUAUUUCUUUGAAUAACAAAGAUGUCGGUGUAGUGGAUUCCGUCAUCAAAAAGGGAAUUAGUAUGUCAUUUAAAGGGCAUACGAACUGGUCAACAGCCUUUAUACCCCCAACUCAAGUCCUCAACUACUCACAGCGGGCUAGGUGCAUUGCCCAUAAUGAAACAUUCUGUGCUGUGCAGUCUUGUAAUAUAAGCCCUUCUCGAAUGAUAACACACUAAUACACUACUCAAAACAUUCAUAUUUUAAAGGAGGAGUGAACUGUGUGUGGUCUCUCAUUGACU